AUGGUGCUCUUUACCAAAAUCCUCUUCCUCGCUUCAACCGCCGCUGCCAUCAUCCUCCGCCGUGAUGCGACUACAGUUGAGAAUGACAUCAACCAAAGAAUCGGUCCCCAAUGGACCACCCUCAGCAACAACAUAGAUGGCUAUCCUGCAAGUGGCUUACAGGGUGCAUUCAAUAUUCACGACGAUGUGCAGAGUCUCGUUGCUAUCACGAAUGAGGCAACUACCAACAUCAACGCUGCCGGCUCAUUUUCUGAAGCAGGCGGCACCACCAUUCUCUCAGACUUACAGGUCCUCGUCCCCACGUUUCUUGGCGCACUGUCAGCCAUAGGAAAUCAGGCACAUGCCUGGGCCAAUUUGCAAGGUGGACAAGCUGUGAUUCUUAGUGAUUUGCACAGUCUGAAUUCAUCUUUUAUUGGAUAUGUCAACGCGCUAACAGCAGCCUCGCCUGCUGACCUUGUUCCCGCGGUUACGAGUGUUGAGACACAAGUAGCGGAUGGCUUCAAUAACGCUGUUGCCGCCUAUUCCGGUUAG